AAUAGAGACGGAGCCCGGGCCGAAUUCGGGUCGUCCCCUGGUUUAUUUAUUUAUUGUUAAAUUUUAAAUUUUAAAAUUUGUUUAAUUUUUUAUAAAUAAAUUUUCGAAGGACUCCCGAGCAUGCUUGAACACUCGCGAGUCUUGAGGGCGGUAUGAUUUGAAGCAGAGUUUCAUGAUUGCAAUGAUCAUUAAAGGGUUGUUCAGGAGAUAUGAAAGAUGGAAUCCAGUGCAUCCAACAUCUGGUGCCUUUUGGGGAAUGGGAAUAGGCUUUGGUUGUGGUGUUGGAUGGGGACCUGGAUUUGGCCCUGAGGUGAUUGGUUAUGUUGGAGCUGGAUGUGGUUUUGGAUUUAGUGUUGGCAUCACGCUGGCUGGUUUCGGCAUUGGUCUUCCUGCAAAUUGCCUCAUUGAAGUUCCUUACAAUGCUUUAAUGGCAACAAGAAGCAAUGCACUGGAGUUUGCUAGAUCCAAUCGCCUUCUUCCAGUGAGAAAUUCUGCCCAAGGUGGUUGGAAUGACAUUGCAUCGUGCAUAUCUGGAGAAGCCAGUGGAAGGUUCUUUGACUUCAAGCACAGACCUUCCUUGGACAAGAGGGUAGAUGAAGCGAGGAGCACAAUAUCUGUCUUUGCUAGAUCAGUUUUGAAAUGUAUAGAAAGUUGCGGUAGCAAUUUCCUGCGACCUCGUAAAGGUUCGGAAGAUUAACAUCUUGAGGACUCUGAGCUGAGUGUCAUAUUCGAGCUAGUGUAUUGUUCAUGCUCUACAUGAACGUGCUGGCACAGACUAUCCACAAGCUUCACUGUCCCUUCCUAAGAUGAAAUCCCAGUAAAUUUUGUCACUCAAAAGCCAGCCUCUGAACAAGGAGGAGUAUGUUCCAUGGAAGCAUAUAGAUUAUGUCCUAAAAACACCAGCAGAUAUUUGCAAUCUUUUGCCAAUGUAAGGGAAUUUGGGACAGGUUAAAAUUUCCUCACUUUUCAUUGCAGCUGAAAUUAUUUAAAACACACAAGCAUAUGCAGAGCCACCCUCAAUUGUUUCUUCUUAUUUUUUAUUUUUUUUUGAAAUUCAACUGAAAAAUGCGGUGAAUACACGAAGAGCACCAAAAUGGAUUUGGAGUGAGAAAGGGAAGGCUUCCUCUUAGAUUUUGUUCUUACCAGCUCCCUUCAGAGGCCGUUUUUCGACAGAAUGUUCAUGUGAAAUUAUGGAAAUUAUCAAUAUUUUCUGUAAAUAAGGAAUUGUUGAAUUUUGUAGGAUAAAAUGAGCGACGGAUUCUCUGUUUUCAA